AACAAACUAUGGAGGUGUUUUAAAAUCGAAAUAUUUUAUUCAAUUGCAAGUUAUCAUCAAAAGUGAUCGCACCCAAGGUUGCAGCAAACAGAAAUUCCCGAAGGAUAAUGUGUAAAUUGCGAGUGAAAAACGAAUUAAAAGUGACCAAUUAGACACGACACCCCGAGUCUUGCAUACUUUUAGGCGCGACACACAGCCAAAAACCGGACGUUGAGCUAAUGAAAUAGGCUGAGCGUGGUGCUACUGUGGCGUGGCGUCGGUAUCGCCAGCUUGGGAUCUCGCGUGACCACCGCGCGCUGGAUUGAAAUCUAUUAAAUAAGCUCGAAAUUUCCAUCGGCCGGGAAAUUCCCGGUGCCUCAGACUAUGGCGUGAGCUCAAGUGCAGUGCAGGAGUCCAGGAAGUGGUGACCGUGACCCGUUUUACCGGGAGGAACCGAUUGUGUUGUGGACGGUCCCAUUCUGGAGGGUAAAUUAAUAAUUUAUGCUUAAACUACAGAUUUCCGUGUCCGAUUGUUGACACUACCAUAUAAAAUGGAGCUUGCGUGCCGGACGGUACCAGAACACUCAAAGUAAAUACAGCAAAGUGCAGAAGGAAGGAUGGCACCACCGUUGGCGAGGACGAGGGUGGACGAAUGGAGUUGGUUCCUGCGACGAACUCUGGAAACUACUCAAACAGUUGUGGAAGUGCCUUGACGAUGUUAAAUCGUUCAGUUGGACUACAUAAAAGACUCUACAAAAGUAUUUAUUCAUAAAGACUGUGAUUCGCGCAAAUAAAAAGUGAAAACGUUAAAAAUGGCGGAAAACGUCAAAGUUGUGGUCCGUUGCAGGCCGAUGAACAAACGGGAGCAACAAGCUGGAAAUAAGAACAUUACCCAAAUCGACAAUUCAACGGUGAAUUUGGACAAUCCGAACGACCCGAGCGCACCGCAAAAGUCGUUCAAGUUUGACAGCGCGUACGGUUAUGCGGCGACCACCGAGAACAUUUACAGCGACAUCUGUUACUCCCUUGUGGAGAGCGUUCUCGAGGGUUACAAUGCGACCAUCUUUGCGUACGGUCAAACCGGAUGUGGCAAAUCACACACGAUGCAGGGCACCACGUACAAUCUGUCGGCAGCGGAUCCGAACAACGCAAACAACAUUGGAAUCAUUCCGCGCAGCUUCGAGCACGUGUUUGAAGCGAUAGCGGUCGCUAGUGAUGUGCGGUAUUUGGUGCUGGUGAGUUAUCUGGAGAUUUACAAUGAAACGAUCCGAGAUUUGCUGGCCGCUGCGGGUGGGAAUACAAAUAACCUGGCCGUCAAGGAGGUUCCUGGCGAGGGAGUUACGGUGCAGGGACUGUCGAUGCAUACGGUUCACGGGAUGAAGGAGUGCGUUGAGUUGUUGGAGAUUGGCGCGAAGAACCGGAUGGUGGGUGCUACGUUGAUGAACAUCGAGAGCUCGCGAUCGCACUCGAUCUUCACGAUCAGCUUGGAGCAGAUGUCCAGUGAUGUGGGGCAGAGCCGAGGGGUCAUCAAGCGUGGCAAGCUGAACCUGGUGGAUUUGGCAGGGUCGGAACGGCAAAGUAAAACCGGUGCUACGGGCGAUCGGCUUAAGGAAGCUACCAAGAUCAACCUGUCGCUGUCGGCUUUGGGAAACGUAAUUUCGGCUCUGGUGGACGGCAAAACGAAGCACGUUCCGUACAGGGAUUCCAAGCUGACAAGGUUGCUGCAGGAUUCACUUGGAGGCAACACGAAAACGUUGAUGGUCGCGUGUAUUUCGCCAGCGGACUCCAACUAUGACGAAACGUUGUCAACGCUGCGGUACGCGAGUCGAGCGAAGAACAUUGCCAACAAACCGAAGGUCAACGAAGAUCCCAAAGAUACGAUGUUGCGCGAAUAUCAGCAGGAAAUCAUGAGGUUAAAGCAACUGUUGACGAGCGAUGCAAGUAAGCUGACGGUGCUUGAUACAGGUGAUUCGCUUGAUUUGACCGCGAUCGCCCGGGAUUCUGCAGUUUCUUUCGAAGCGGAGAAGCAAGUACUCAAGGGUCAGUACGAGUCGGAGGUGUUGAACUUGAGGAAGGAGUACGAACAGCAGAAAAUAGCGAAGCAAGAGCUGGUUAAAGAUAUCGAAAAGAUCAAAUCUUACUACGAGGGGCAGAUGCAGCAGUUGAUAGCGAAGAAAGGAGCGGAUAAACCUGUGGAACGGGUAGAACCGACCGUGAUGGACAAGCAAGAGAUAUACGAGCGGAUUAAGGAGAUUAAAAACGGUCUGAUUGGUGGUGAACGAGCAAACGAUAUUCAGCUGAAGGAAAAGCGAUACCGGAACAAGCUGGCUUCGGAGAAGCGAUUGAACGCACUCGCAACGGCAAUCAGUAGGGUAGAACAGAGCGAGGAUCGUGACCUGUUACAGGGUCACUACACAGACAUUCAGCAAGAGUUGAAGGCAAGGUACGAGCAGAUCCGACAGCAGAGAAAGCGAAUCAAAUCGUUGGAUCGAGAGAUUUCCGACAUCCAGGGAGAGUUUCAGACGGAUCGAGCCGACUACCUGGCCACGAUACGACAACUGGAGAAGAAACUUUUGUUUUUCGAAGCUGUCUACCAGAAAGCGAUGCCGGUGCUGCGGAAGGACGGUCGCUACUGGAACCUGGAAGUGCUGGAGAUGGAUUCGGAGUGGAACGAUGACCUGAAAAAGUGGAAACUGCCUGACGAUUCUGUACUGCGGGUUCGGCUUCCUCCAGCGGACUCUCAACCGGUUCCGCCGUCACCGUCAUCCCCACCCAAAAACGGGCGCGACAGCCAGACAUCGGUUACGGCACCGGGUCGGCUGGAGCGUAGCUCCACCAUGAUUCUGACCAAGCUGCCCGACUUUGACAGCACGGGGAAUCACCACCGGAAGGAGUUUCUGAGCAAAAGUACCAACUGCAAUCCGUUUCCGAAGAUCGAGGACGUCGCGAUGGCGUACUUUCGGCCACGGCGUGCCGCCGAGCUGGUCUACAAGAACGGGUGGGGAAGCGUGCAGCAACAGAAAUGAGGUUUGUAUACAAUCUUUGUUAGACAAAGGGAUUUAGCGGAAUUUGAUAUUUUUGGAUGUUUGGAACAGAGUUUAUUUUUUGGCAAAAAAAUAUAUUUUUAUUACUAUAA